GCUGUUUUUCUAAUAGCAGAGUGGAGAGAAAGUGAGAGAGCAAUAGUCAGAGAAGAGCUAAACAGCCUGAUAGGGAGGAAGCAAGGGAUUUAAAGAGGCAAAAGAUGGAGUUAAAGUAAGGAACAGCAGAGAAAAGGGAAGAGGAGUUCAUCCUGGAAUGACUGUGAACUAGAAUAUCACAGCUGACGGGGGAGGACAGCAGCAAAGACACGUCCCCAAUAAUGGCAAGCCUUCCCAAAGAGCCGCCCGAGGAUGCCAAGAAACACAGCUUCUGGGUGCCGGGGAAUUAUGUGCGUACAGUGCACCGAACUGAACAGUCCUUCCAGGCCUGCAACGACAUUGUGGCCUGCUUCAUGGAGAGAGCAAAGGUAGAAAAACAGUACGCCCAGCAGCUCAGCCAGUGGAGCAGCAAGUGGAAGUCCAUAGUGGAUUCUCGGCCGCUUUAUGGCUCCCUCAUGAGGGCAUGGCAAUGUUUCUUCACCUCCACUGAGCGCUUGUCCGCCCUCCACUCCUCCAUCUCCCAGUCACUCAUGGCAGAGGAAGGGGACCGGGUGAAGACCUGGCAGAAAGAGACCUUUCCAAAGAAAAUCUUCUGUGGGUUCAGGGAGAGCUACGACAACAACAAAAGUUUUUCACGUGCGCAGAAACCCUGGUCGAAAAAGCUGAUCAAGCUGGAGAAGGCCCGGGUUGCGUAUCACAAGUCCUGUCAGAGGGAGCAAACAGCCCUUGACAAAGAGAAACAGGCAAACGAGAACUCUGAGAUGAGUCCAGAGAAAAAGCAGAAAAUCACAGAUGCCAGAGAGAAGGCCACAGAGGAGAAAGAGAAGAGUAGAGAGAGCUACGAGAAAGUGCUGGAGGAUGUGACGUCCUACACGCCUCGCUACAUGGAGGAGAUGGAAGCCAUUUUUGAACAGUCGCAGGAGGAGGAGAGGAAGAGGAUCAGCUUUCUGAAGCAGGCCUUCCUCUCCAUCCACAGACAUCUUGACAUCACUAAUAAUGAGAGUGUGAAGGCUGUGUACAGUGAGCUCCACCACACUCUGAUGUCCAUCAGUGAGCAAGAUGACGUCAAAUGGUGGAAGAACAACCACGGUCCUGGCAUGCCCACUGACUGGCCAAAGAUUGAGGAAUGGGUCCCACCAGUAAAAAAGCUAAAUAGAAAGAAGAGAGACCAGAAAAGGAAAGAGGGCAAGCCUGUGAUGAUUGGGGGUGUGAAGGUACGAGCUCUGUACGACUACGUGGGAGAGGAGGGUGACGAGCUGUGCUUUAAAGCAGGUGAAGUAUUCCUGAAGGUCGAGGAGGAGGACGACCAGGGUUGGUGUCGAGGAGUCCUGAGUGGAGGAAAGGAGGGCUUCUACCCAGCAAAUUAUGUUGAACUUGUCGAGUGAUGUCACAGUGUCUAAUAUAAUAACAGUUAUUAUGAUAUAUGUUGUCACACCAAUUUUGAGUUAAUGUCAGAUAUAAUGUAAAAUUUGUUAAUGCCUUAAUAUUCUAACCUACUUUGAGUACCUCUGCAAUAAGAAUGAACUUAUCGAAGACUAGAGUGUACUGUUUGUGCAGGAGCUCAAUGUGUACGUGUGAGUGUGUAUGUGUUUGCAUGCAAGUGUGCAUGAUGAAACAGAAGCUAAUGAGAGAGGAUAUUUACUUACUGCCAUCAUGUCUGAGUCAUUAAGUCACUGUAACAAAAGAUAGCUGAUAAUGAAACGUGGGGUUUACCCAGACACAGGUUUACUAUGAUGUGUACACACAAGGUUAAUGUUUACUUAAUAAGUAUUAUAUUGAAGUUACUUUGACUGAGGGAGUGGGUUUUCAAAAUAAAAGUGUAAUUGUUUUGCCUUUAA